AUGGAGAAGGAUGCAGAUGGCUUCUAUACCCCCGCUCCUGCAGCAAAGGAGAAGACCCCAGAACAAAGUGUAGAGGACAAAGAGGCCGCAACAGACCUCGUUAAGUCAACAUUCGAGGUCUCGGUCACUCUCGCCGAUCAACAAGGAGAUCCGAAUUCACCUCUACAUAGCGUAAAGACUUUCGAGCAGCUGGGACUUCAUGCCGACUUACUGAAGGGUAUUUUUGCUAUGGGCUUUUCGAAGCCAUCCAAGAUUCAAGAACGCGCACUACCGCUGCUAUUAUCAAAUCCUCCACAAAAUAUGAUUGGUCAGUCGCAAUCGGGAACAGGGAAGACGGCCGCCUUCGUGUUGACGAUGCUGAGCCGUGUUGAUUUCUCAAAGAACAAACCACAGGCGCUAUGUCUUGCACCGGCGAGAGAGUUAGCGAGACAAAUCAUGUCUGUCGUUGUCGCGAUGGGCAAGUAUACACCAGUUCAGACGGAAUAUGCGAUCAAGGACAACCUGCCGAGAGGCGCUGCUCCAAUCACUGCCCAUAUUGUUGUUGGCACACCUGGGACCAUGACAGAUCUAAUUAGGAGGAAGGUGCUCGACGUCUCGGAAGUGAAAGUAUUUGUGUUGGAUGAGGCCGAUAACAUGUUGGAUCAGGAUGGGCUUGGAGAGCAGACCCUUCGAGUGAAAAACAUGUUACCUCGGAACAGUGUUCAAAUUAUCCUCUUCUCCGCAACUUUCCCCGAUCACGUGCGAAAUUUCGCGAGCAAAUUCGCGCCCAGCGCGAACAAGAUCGAGCUUAAGAAAAAUGAGCUCUCCGUGGACAACAUCCGACAGUUCUACAUGGACUGCCGUAAUGAGGAACACAAAUAUGAGGUUCUCGUGUCAUUGUACCAUCUUCUAACGAUCGGGCAAAGUAUAAUUUUCUGUCAGCACCGACAUACUGCCGACCGUAUCUCACAGCGAAUGACCGCCGAGGGACAUAAAGUUGCGUCGUUGCACGGCGCCAAAGACGCGGCGGAACGUGACGCUAUUAUUGACGGCUUCCGGGAGGGUAGGAAUAAGGUGCUGAUUACCACCAAUGUCAUUGCGCGUGGCAUCGACAUCUUGCAAGUCAACAUGGUUGUCAACUACGAUCUCCCUUUCUUGAAUGAGCGAGACAAUUCGGCCAACAAAGAGGACGCACGGCCUGACAUUGAGACCUAUAUCCAUCGUAUUGGUCGGACUGGACGAUUCGGACGGAAAGGCAUAUCAGUCAACUUUGUCCACGACAAGGCUACCUGGGCCCAGAUGGAACAGAUUGAGGCGGCUACUGGUAAGCAUAUCAUCCGAAUCGCCACCAAUGACCUGGACGAAAUGGAAGAGCAAAUGAAGAAAGCGCUGAAAUGA